AUGGCUCGAACGUUCUCCAGAACUCCACUGGCCUGCAAUUUCUGGUUCGUCUGCUCGCUCGAGCUGCUGCUGCCUCGUUUCUCGUCCGCUAAUGCCUGCUGCAGCCGCCGCCGGAAGACCAAGUGCGAUGGCGUCCGCCCUCGGUGCACGCACUGCCGAGUCAAGAACCUGACCUGUGCAUGGCCCACUCCAGAUGCCCCCUCUGGCCACAGCCCCGGCGUGCCGGCCGUGGCCGACAGCGCGAUCUCGCCGACGCCGUCGUCGUCGCUGCUCCCGAGCGAAGUCGACCCGCGUGGACUGCAGCACUGCCUGACCAUCUUCUUUGAGCGGCACUUUUGCAGCGACUUUUGCUCGUUCGACCACCGGCCCGACUUUGAGCAAAAGUGCAAGCAGGACCAGCUGCUCGCCUGCUCGGUCGUCGCUCUGUGCGGCCGCUAUGUCGAGGUUGCCGAUGUCCAGACGCUUUUCGGCCUGGCCUCGUCCUCGCUCGAGAUCACUCGGCUGUAUCUGCACAAGGCCAGGUACCUGGCCAAGAUGGCGUCAGAUGAGCCCUCCGUCUCACACAUCCAGGCACAUCUGAUCUUGGCCAUGGCCGAGCUGCUCUCCAAUGCCGGCUCACGCCAUUGGCUCUUCCUGGGCACGGCUAUCCGCAUGGCCGAGAUCAUGCGGUUGAACAAGGACUUUCACGAAAAGCACAGUCUCAAGGAGCAGGAGAUCCGCCGGCGGACCUUUUGGGCCUGUCUCUUGUUUGACCGGGUGCUGGCCUACCUCCUCGCGAAGCACCGGACGGUCAACAUGGAGAAUGUGGCCAUCGCCGUCCCCGGCACAGACUCAUCGCUGGUGUAUCAGGAGCCGACCCGGGGCGUGUCACUCGCCAGUCUGGCCAGCUAUAGGCGGCCGUCGGAACUGGGUAUCAGUCCGUACUUUGUCAAGACGGUCUGCAUCUGGAGCGAUCUGGCCGACUUUGCGCUCAAAUCGCGGCGACAUCAGGACGCCUUUCCGCCGACGGAUCCGAGGGGCAUCUUCUACAUGCGGAGUGCGUCGCUGCUCGACUGGAUCGGCUCGCUGCCACCUAGCCUGACCUGGAGCGAGCACAACUACGAGGGCCAGGCGGCCUUGGGCCAGGCACACUCGUUUGUUGCGAUGCAGUUUCUGCUGUGCAGCGCCUCUUGUGUCGCCCACCAGUGCUAUCUGCCCCAUCUGACGCUGUACACCAAGCUCGUGGACCUCGUGGAUGCGGCCGGCCUCUCGUACUUGCACCGGGAGCCGAUUCUGAUCGAGACAUGUGUGGCCAGUGCGCUCAAGGUCGGCGAGAUGCUGCAAUUCCUGAUGGACCCCGCGCACAUCGAAAACUCGUCGCCGCUGCAGUCGGUCUGGGUGGCCUCCUCCCUCGUCAUCGUCGCCAACACCUUUCUCUGGCUGCAGUAUGCCGAAGACGAGGCCUGCCAAGCACCUGGUGUCCGGGACAAGGCCAAGAAGUGCACGGUUCUGAUACACCAGUUGGUGACGUCGUGGACGUCGCACUGGAAGGCGGCGCGCCGCUGGCUCGUGGCCCUUAACGUCAUGCAUGGCCUGUACAAGGCCGCCUACCUCGGCGACAUUGACGAGGGCAUUCUCGGGCGCGAGGACGGCCACUCGGACGACAACUCGGCCGAUGACUUCCGGCCGCAGCCCGGCGACGGCUAUCCCUGUGCCAUCUCGCUGCCAACUCUGCAAUCGUCGGUCAAGUUUGCCACGUCCGACACGUCGGCAAAGGCCAUCAGCGUGCAGUCCAUCUGGCUGCAGCUAUGCGGCGGCUGGCCGUACGGCGACUUUGAGCUGGGCAACAUGGCAGAUGCGACUGUCCAAGACUUGAACCAGUUUUCCGUUCUCGACGGUGGGACGCAGCCAGAGCUCUAG